AUGUUCAAAGUAGGAGAUGUCCCGAUACCAUCAAGUGGUACUUCAGUUGAUCCAAGUAAAUUACCAUGUGCUAGUUCGUUGCAGGGUUGUGCCUACCAAAGUAUUGUGAGGCUACGUUUUGGUGACAUUAUGGGAAGAUUACCUGGUAGUAAAAACAAACCAAUAAAGAGCACGGUGAACAGUGACGAAAUUGGUUUGAAAGGCAACGGACGACCUUAUAUGCGGCAACGUAGAACACUAGGUAGUAGACAAGAGGAGCAACCGAGCACGUCUAAUCAAAAGCAAAAAUUGGUGUGCGGUCUACUUGAAAAGCUUACGAAGGAGGUGCAGACAUUGUCAAUGGAAGUUGUCGAAUUUGAAAGAAGAGCACAGGAUCGUUACCGUAGUUUAAUUGAUGAAAAUAUUAGUCUGCGAAGACAAGUUAACGGCUUAAGCAAUAAAGUAGGUGAACUGUGUGAGAAGAUCAAUAAAUUGCAUUCAAAAGGAACUGUGGCAGAGAAAUAUUCGCCGCGUGGGACAAAAAUGGAGAGUUCCCCAAUGCCGGAAUUAGAACCACAUGUUAACGGUACAUUUGAUGAUACAGACGAUGAGGAGAAGUUAAAUGAAGCAGUUGGUACGAAAGGUUUUGCUAUCGAUGCUAACGACCUUAAUAGCAGACCUCGUAAAAGACGCGCUGCUGCUAACAAACGUGAGGGUGAUUAUGCGAAUAUGUUGAAACAGAAUAUUUCGUUUCACGAACCAAAAAAAUCUCUGGCUGAUACACUGAAACUUCGAGAAAAGAAGGCCAAAUUCUCGAAGAAGGAAUCAGAUGAUGGUACUGAUUCAGACAACUCGAAUGAUGAUUCAAAAGAAGGAAAUGAAAUUUCACCAUGGAAAAUGUAUAAGCAUAUCCAAAUUAUACCUCAGCCAACUAAUUUACCUAAGCCUAAAAUCGCGCGUUCUGGUGGAGGUCGUAAUGUCCAUUUUACGGAUGAGUGGAAACAGUAUGCGACAACCGUUUAUCCCAUCAAUCCUAGUCGUUAUUGGAAUUUGCCGCAAGCUCAAUAUGAUCUUCUCAUACCGGACUCUGAUUUGGAAAUGUUUGCGAAAAAUCCUGAUAAAACUGAAAAAGAGCACUUUAUUCGAUCAAUUUAUGACUGGUUUCGAAGUCAGCAUCGUAUUGCGCAGUUGCGAGUGGUGCUAAAUGAAUGCAGUUCGGCGAUCGAUUUUAAUGAUUUAUGGGACGUUUAUGUUAAAGAAAUGAAACGACGGGGUUGGCCUGUUUAUGGGAAAAGACUUCGGAAAGGCGAAGUGUCAACUGCGAAGCAACAAAUUCUGGAGGAUUUCAUUGACUCUAAUAUUCAAAUCUUUUAAUGAG